UGAGGCAGUAAGCUCAAUAUUUGUGUGCCAUCGACAAAACUAUUUAGGAUGUUCACUCAGGAUUUUCGACAUAUCUGUAUAAUUAUAUCAAUCAUAAGUGGAGUUCUCAGGAAUAGUUCAUCGUCUCUGCUGAAGGAUCAAAAGACAGUAAAGGAUGUGUAUGGGGCUAUAGGGUCAGAUGUAGAGCUACCCUGUGAAGGCAGAGAUGGUGGGGAAGUGGAAUGGAAGCUUAAUGGCUUGGUUGUUUCUUCAGGGCCUGUUCUCACUUUACACAACGUCAGUCUGAAAGACCAAGGCAACUAUACUUGCCAAAGUCUAAGCGGAGACCAUGUACUGACAGCAGUUCUCCAGCUGGGCUACCCUCCCUCUCCACCAGUGGUGCAGUGCUGGUCACCCACCUACCCUCUGAAAGUCAUAUGUUCCUGGACAGGGGAAUCAUCUCCUUUACUGCCCACGCAUUACAUCACCACUUACAGGGAUCUAAAGAGUGAAGUACAUCCUUGUAAAAGAUCAAGUGAGUUAGUAAAUGAGUGUGUUCUAGAGGGACUAGAAGAGCUGUUCUCCUCUGAUCCAUACCUAUUCAACAUCACCACUGUAAAUCCACUGGGAAGUACCAUUCGCAUACUGCCAAUUGUCCUGGAACACAUUGUAAAACCAGACCCUCCUGUUAAUGUGAGGGUGACUCUACUGCCAAGGAGAAAGCUGUCUGUGGAGUGGGACCCUCCCCCAACUUGGCUUGAACAUUUCCCUCUGAAAUACACGGUGCACUACUCCUGGCAUCAAAAUGGUUCAAACAGAAAGAUCACACUGGGCCCUUUUGAGUCUAAAUCUAUGAAUAUAAGUGGAUUGGCAGCGGGAAGGACCUAUCAAAUCCAGAUAUCUGCUAAGGAUUUUCUGGAUCAGGGACAGAGCAGCAGCUGGAGCCAGCCUGUUAACAUCUCAUUGCCCUCUCGCUGACACACAGGUGCACAAUGCACACUGCAACAUCAGUCUAAGACGUAUCAACAGAAGAAUCAACACGAUUUCAUCACAUCAUAGAAAACUGUCGAUUGACUUCAUAACCCACCCACCUCGCUUUUAAUCUCUACAAUGUGUUUCAAUUUAACAAGCAAAAUGUAUUCUAAAUAAAAAUGGUUAGUAUCUCUCUGUGAAACGAAUUGUGAUAACAAGAACGUUUUUGGGUUUUUUUUUUUUUGUUUUGAGUGAUUUAUUUGAAAGGAUUCUAAAAUACCCUGAGUCAACAGAUUAGAGAUCAACAGAUUUUUUUCUGAGUACUUGAAAGAAGAAGUACAAAACCAACAAGAUUUCGUAACAAAACGACUACUAAUUGGUAUAUUUGUCUUGAGUCCAUUGUUAAGACACAAAUCCUAAAAUGACUGUGUGAAGACAACGUUUGUAUAUUUAAGAAAUGUUAUGAGACUGAACAAAAUAUGGCCAAGAGAAACAAAGUGAUUAUCACACACACAAAAAAAAGAUCUUAUUUUCCUGUGACCAUGCUUAAUGUAUUCUUUAAAUUCAUGUUAAGAAAAUUUGCAAAUAUUUACUUUCUGGGAUUAUUUAAAGGUCAAUUACAGUAUACCAUCUGUGGUUUAACUAUGAUUCAGUUAAAUGGUGUUUGAACUUAUGAUACAUCUUUUUUUCUUUUCUUUUUUAAUGAAGCACUUACACGCACAGUUAGUGCAACAGACCAUACACAUAUCUAUGCUUGCCGGUGGUAAAAACCAAACAUGUAAUGAUGUAAUUACGAGGUUAUAAAGUCAUGUUUCAUCCUGCAAAU